ACCCUUCAAAGGCUACCGUGACCAUAUGGUCACACCUACAGCGCUGCACAAAAUCAGCUGACAUAUGUACGUAUAUCUUAGUAUACGUGAGGAAGCGAUGAUAUUUAUUCAGUUGACUUAGGAACUUUGUAGUGUGAACGUGUCGCAUUGUUAUUCCACUGAUUUCUCAUUCGUAAUAGAGGUGAACUGCCGUGUUUGUUAGGUAUUCGCAAUAAAAUGGAUCCCAAAUUUGUGCGAGGUUUCUCUCUCAAAGAAGCCUUAGAUAUAGUAUAUAACGACGAAGAAGAUAGCAAUGGUGUGUGUGACAUUUACAUAUCACCGCCGGAACCAAAUGUACUGACAGAUGAAGAUUCGGGUGAUGAAGAAGGCGGGGAAAUGGAUAAUUUAUCACGUGGCCAAUUAUCAACUGCAGCAGAAAUCCGACUUUCUGACAAUUCGCGCAUAACUGGCUUCGAAGAUGUUUCAAAUGAAGAAGGCAGUGAAGGAGACAAUAGUUUAUUAGAAAGUGAAGUUAGUCAGAUUGAAAAAUGUGGUCCAAGCACUAGUUCAAACAAGAGCACCAAAAAGACGAAUUCAACGAAGAAGCCGCAGAAGAAAGUGAAAGAAACACUCAAAAGAACUUGGAUCGAGGGCGAUCUUCUAAAAACGACAGCAGUAUUUCCACAGCCAGACUAUACCAAUUUUAUAGGAAAAUCCCCAACAGAUUUAUUUGAAUUGUUUUUCGACGACGACAUUGUUCGUAUGUUAGUAGAAGAAUCAAAUAAAUAUGCGCUCUUCCUAAACCAUCCAGAUCCGAAAAUAGAAUCUGAUGAAAUGAAGUGUUUCAUCGGUAUACUUAUUUUGACCGGGUAUAACUCUCUUCCCGGAAAAUGUUUUUACUGGGAUUCAGAAUCGGACAUGGGAAAUCAAUUAGUAAAGGAAGCAAUGCGUAGGGACAGAUUUCGACAGAUAAUGCGUUUUUUACAUUGUGCCGAUAAUACCAAACCCAAUUACAAAGACAAAAUGUGGAAACUUAGGCCGCUCAUUGAAAAACUUCAAAAAAAUUAUUUGAAAUAUUUUAAGCCGACAGAAAAUAUGAGUUACGACGAAUGUAUGGUGAAAUACUAUGGCAGACACAGCUGCAAACAGUUUAUUCGCGGAAAACCGAUAAGAUUUGGCUAUAAAGUAUGGAGUUUGAAUGCCGAAAACGGCUACCUAAUCAACUUCGAUAUAUAUCAGGGAAGUAAUCCGAAGUCGGUUACUGAAUAUGACAAUAAAUUUGGAAAAGCUACUUCUCCAUUACUAAUAAUGCUAGACUCCUUGCCAGAUAGAAAUCUUCGUUAUCAAAUUUAUACAGACAAUUUGUUUACGAGUUUCAAUCUUUUGACGGAGCUAAAGCAAAGAGGCUAUGGAGUUACAGGAACCGUUAGAGAAAAUAGGGUUCCAAAGGACUGCCCAAUAACUUCUAAAUUAGACAUGAAGAAAAAAAAAAGAGGUUCUAUCGAGUCUAAAAUUUCAAAAGAUGAAGGUGUGAUACUAGUGCGUUGGACUGACAAUGCCCCUGUUACCAUGGCUUCAACUUCUUAUGGAAUUGAACCCACUUCUUUGGUGAAAAGAUAUUCACAGUCCGAGAAGAAAAUUAUUCAAAUUCCCCAGCCACGUCUUAUAAAUGCCUAUAAUAAAUAUAUGGGUGGGACAGAUCGGAUGGACGAAGAUAUUGCGCGCCAUAGAAUAGGUAUCAGAAGUAAGAAAUGGUAUUGGCCGUUACUUACUUGGCUUAUAGAUACCGCAUUACACAAUGCAUGGAUACAGUAUAAAAGUGCAGGUAAUUCAAUUACUAAUCUGAAUUUCAGAAGAGAAAUUGUAAAGGUAUACCUAAAUAGGUUUAAAACUGCCCCAAAAAGAUAUGGAAGACCAACAACGAGUAGAAAUAGUGUCUCCAUGAAUAGGAUUUCGGAUGAUAUCAGGUAUGACCAUAAGGACCACUUAGUUGUUCCAGUUCCAAAUAACAAGAGGAGAAGAUGUGCCGGAGAAGGAUGCUCCUCUGUUGGUCGAACACAGUGCAAUAAAUGUGAUUUGGGACUAUGUGUGGAAUGUUUUUAUAUAUUUCACAUUAAAUAAUUUGUUCGACAUUUCUGUAUUCAUAUUGGGCUAGUGUGACCAUAUGGUUACGCCAUUUUUUUGAGAAAAAUAAAGGAAAAAAAUGCAUAAUUCUUAUUCUACCCAACACUGAUAAAUGGAAUUCACUCAAUAGAAUCGCUAAAUUUGCUCUCUUGAAAAAAUAAUAAUUCCGCCUUUGAAGGGU